UGCUCAGUUCUCGAUUCUGCUCGCCUUGGCCAACAUGUCGCGCUCUUGGCUGGUUCGCCUUUCGGCCCUUCUCCUCUGCCUGGUGGCCUUCACCCAAGGCCUGCCCCUCCAGCAGGCCGAGAAUGAGGAUGAGAAGUCCGUUCCCGGCGGUCGCAUUGUGGGUGGCUACGUGACGGACAUCGCCCAGGUGCCCUACCAGAUCUCCCUGCGCUACAAGGGCAUCACCACGCCGGAGAAUGCGUUCCGCCAUCGCUGCGGAGGUUCCAUUAUUAACGAGACCAUCGUCCUGACGGCGGCGCACUGCAUCAUUGGCACGGUGGCCAGCCAGUUCAAGGUGGUGGCCGGAACCAACUACCAAACGGGCUCGGAUGGCAUCAUCACCAAUGUCAAGGAGAUCAUCAUGCACGAGCAGUACUUCUCGGAGUUCGCCUACAACAACGACAUUGCCAUUCUCGUUGUGGAUCCGCCAAUUCCGCUCAACAACUACACCAUGAAGGCCAUCAAGUUGGCUUCGGAGGAGCCGCUCGAGGGAGCCGUGAGCAAGAUCAGCGGCUGGGGCACCACCUCGCCGGGUGGCUACUCCUCGAACCAGCUCCUCGCCGUCGAUGUUCCGAUCGUGAGCAACGAGGUCUGCGAUGCUGAUUACGAGAACUUCGGCGACGAAACCUAUCGCAUCACACCGUCGAUGCUCUGCGCCGGCGUCCGGGGAGUGGGUGGCAAGGACGCUUGCCAAGGUGACUCUGGUGGUCCUCUGGUGGUGCGCGACGAGCUCCACGGCGUCGUGUCCUGGGGCAACAGCUGCGCCCUGGCCACCCAUCCGGGAGUCUACGCCAAAGUGUCUUAUUUGAGGCCCUGGAUCGAUGCUAAGUUGGCAGAGCUACAAAUUAAUUAGAAAACCCGAAUUUCGCAAAUAAAUUUCCCUUUUCGGCCACGUGCCUCGGGGUUUUCCAAAGCUAAA